GUGAUAAUGAAAUUCAACAGAGAGACCAUUUUGCUAAUGCUGUUCAUGUCUCUUGCAAUGGCACGUCCGGGACUUCGUUCUGAAGUUCCUCAGCUUGGAGCCGAAAUUAAUGGCGAUAACUUAUGGGAUUUUUUUGAAAAUAUCUUCUACAACUAUAGAAUCAUCGUAAGUGCCGUCAUUAUCUUCAUCGGCCUGUUCCUUUGCUUCCUCGGCAAAAAGUCCGUCAAAUUCAACAUGUUUAUCUGCGGAUUCUUCGCUGGAGGCAUUCCCACUCUGGUCAUCGCCACCGACCUUUUAAAGAACAUGGAGGCUCAAAACCAGGCGUUCUGGAUCAGCAUCGGCAUCAGCUGUUUAAUGGGCGUCAUUGUCGGUGUGCUUUUGGUCUGCCUCUACCAGAUCGGCAACUUCGUGAUCGGAGCGACCCUGGGUGUGAUCAUUGCCGUGUACACCGUGGUCAUUCUGGACAGUGUGAUUCGUUUCCACUCCGAUGUGGUUCUCUACGUUUCCGUCGCCAUCUGCGCCCUCGAGUUCGGCUGCUUCGCUCUCGUCUGGGACCACGUGGUGGUGAUUUUGGGCACAUCGGUCAUCGGCAGUUACAUGAUCAGCUUCGGAGUGAGUCAGUUUAUCGGAGAGUGGAUGAACCCGUUCUCUCCGCAGUUCCCUCAGAAGCUUCACAACCCUCCCUAUCAGUGGUACGUCUAUCUGGGUCUGAUCGCUGGAUUCACGCUCUUCGGACUCAUUGUGCAGGCCAUUACCAACCGGCAGCCCAAGCAGGAGAAGACGCAGGACAUGCCGCUGCUCGAGAAUUCCGGACAGCGUGUAGAGCUUCCCAGCAAGCAGUACACGCGUUCGCAGACGCUGAGAGAGAAACAGAACGCGUAGAGGUCUUCAGGAUAGCU